GGGGGACCUGAAUGCACCAUUAUGCAUUAGCAAGGAAGCAUUAGCCAGCCGGACUAAUGGCAAACAAUAUAAAACAGCAGUGAGUUUUGCACAAAAAAAGGCCGCCGUUUUGACAAUGAAAACGAAACACAACAGGAUGGGGGAGGGAUUUAUAAGCAACUACAAGAGGCUCUGGCUCAUGUUCCCGAGGUAAAGCAGAUCUGGACACAAGAGGGAAAACGAAAUAAUGGAGAUGGCGAACGUUUUUGAAAAUAUUGUGGCCAUGGUGAAGCGGCACCCAAAAGGGAUCCCCAUCAAAAAAAUUAAUAAGUAUUACAACAAGAGAUAUGGUUGUGACCUUCCUACAGCCGACAUGGGAUUUACGUCCAAUGCCGCACUGUUAACCUGUAUGGAUGAAGACUUGUUCGUAGAGGAAGACAGGGUGUUUUACAAGCACUCCAACAGCGAUGACUGGACAGUUGAAACUGAAGAAACUUAUGACUACACAAAAAUAAAAAAGGAAAAAAAGAAGAAACAAAAAAUGGAAAACUUGGUGACCAUGUUGAAAGAAUUUCCACAAGGGAUUCCCAUGAAGAAUCUGUGUACGGUCUACAGGGAGAAACACAGCCAUAAGCUGAAGUGGAACGCUUUAGGCUUCAGUUCCAUUCCUGCAAUGCUAGCAACGUUGAGCAACGACCUGGUAGUGAUAGGGCAGCUGGUGAUUCACAGGAUCCACCAGCCUCAAGAUGCAUAUGGAGCUGAAAUAUCAGCAACAGGGACACCUCAGACCCUUCCUGGUGAACCUCUCUCCACUGGAUCCACGCUCGCUGAUGAUGAAUUGGACAAACAGCGUCUUUACAAGAGAAUUGCAGAGAUAUUUGAAAAAUACCAACUUACUCAGCCACCCAUGGAUCGACUGGGAGUUUGCUAUUACCAACAGUUUGGCAAAAAGCUUCCAGCUCAGCUCUACUCAUCCAUGUACGACAGUUUGGAAUCAUCUCUCCAGAAGAAUCUGCCCACUCCGUUAGUGGAACAGGGCACUGCAGUCAAAACGGACAAAACAAGCGAUGCAGUUUUUAGAGAAGCUUAUAACGCUCAGGUGAGAGAAGUCCAUCGAGAUAAUGUGCGGGCUCUAGAAGCUGUAGAGGAUGAUGAAGCACACCAAGUCAAGAAGAAAAGAACUGUGAAUCCGGACGAGGUCGAAAGUUUGAUGGAGGAUGUGAUACGAGACCUUGCAAAACAGGGAGAGCUGGUCACCAAAGAAAAGGUGAUUUCAAGGGCGUGCAGCUUAAUGCAACUUACUUCUAAGCAAUUGGAAAGGCAAAAUCCAAUUCAUACUACACAGGCCCUGAAAGACCUUCAUUACCUGAAGAGAGAAGUAAUAAUUUACAUACAGGCGACAGAAGCGUUGACGACUGUCUGUACAUUGUAUGAGCUGGGACAGUCUUUGGCAGCUCUAAAGAACAAGAAGCACUAUGAAGAACUGAACCUGGGACCUCUCUGCAAACUCCCGGUCAUCCAUCGCAUGUUCAAGAUUGACAGUAACACAAGGGAUGAUGAUAUCCCCCAGAUUGAGACAGUCGACAUUUUAAAGCAACUUCGCAAUUAUAGAAGAAAGUCCAAAGAGCCCAGAGUUGACCUGGCUGAGUUUAUGAAGCAUCUAGCCGACCAUUAUAAGUGUGAUUCGCCCUACGAGCUGGGCAUCAGGAUACAAAGCCUUGGGCUACCCAUAGCGACAAUAACUAAAGUGAAUCGUCAUGAGCAUACUCUAAUGGACGAGGCCAAAGAAACCAUUCAGAAAGAACUGCAAGAAGAGACCCGGGAACAUCUAAGAAAGAUAAAGAAGAGUACCAUCGAGUCAGUAGAAGGAUUAAAUUAUCAUAUUUUUACAGGGAACUUGGACCUCAGAAAGAAAUACGCAUCCUUGACUGCAGCAGAGGUGGUGCUGGAAGUCUUUAAAAAUGCAGAAAAGUUGUUUAAUUCUCCAAUGAUAAAGUAUAUCCAGAAUUUCCUCACGCAAGUCUCAGGCAACACGCUGGCAACAGCGCUCUUUCAGUUGGCAAUCUGUGGUGGAUCCCUUGAUUUAAUGCCAGACCUGGUGCCCAAGGAGAAAACUCCCCAAACCUCUGGCAAAACGGACUCUACGGAAGACAGACCCACUAUGCCAAAAAUCAGUGAAGGCAAAGUGAAACAGUACCUAAAAGAGAGCCUUUCCUCGAUGAACUCGGCCAAUCAUUUGGCUGAUAUUGCCAUCUUAGAGGGGAAAUUGACCAAGCACUUCAAAGUCAAAGACUUUCCUUCCUUGGGUCAAGGCAGCUUCUUGGGUUUUCUGGUUAAACACAUACAGCUGUUGGAAGAUGUAUUCGGUUCAACUUUGCCUCUGAGAAGUUGUGGCUUGAAAGGCGCAAGGAGUUUCUUCAGACCCACCAAACAAGACAUAUUCGAAUUCAUCAAACAGUGUGGGCAAAAUUCAUCGGAUGGUCAAGCUGAAUUGUCCCAAAUCGAGCUGGCGUUGCGGUCCCAUUACGGAGUGCAGGACAUUCGUGACUUGGGCUACGGCUCACUACAGACACUGGCCAAACUUGUCCAAUGCCAGAAAAAACUAGCUGGAGGAGGCCCAAACCAAGUCUUUUAUGAGUCUACGUUGUUUGCCAAGCAUGACACUUCAUGUGCUAAAAGUGGUUGUGAAGAAGUGGGGCCACUUGGCGAGAUGUCAUUGGUCCAGGCGUUAGCCAGUUUGCAGUCUUGUCCGCUGCUAGAGAAUUUACGUGAAUGGAGUCAAUGGGAUCUUGUAUUCAAACCUUUUCAUGGCUCCCUGAAAGACUUCAUCGAAAGAAACGCAGCCAAUACAGGACUGGCAGCGUUGGAAGUGGCACCAGGUUUGCUGCUCAAGAUUACAACAAACACAGGAGACAAGUAUUUCUCCAAUGCCGCCAUGACCCUUGAUCCGGUGGGGACAGCUGGCCAUCUAGUUUCCAUUGUUGUAGCCGACGGCAUCGCAAAUGCUCCCACGGCGCUCCUGGCUAAUCAUAUUCAGACUUCCUUGGCUGCAGCUGUUGCUAAAGAAGAUCUCUCUCGGUCUGACAAGGACAUAUCAUGUUAUAGCACGGCGGCUAUUUUCCUAUUGGAUUGUUUGGCUAGAAUUCCAAACAGAAUCUGUCAGGCUCUUUUGAAGCAGGUGUUUUUAGAGCCGUUAUCCAGAGUCCUGGGUCAGACAAAGUCAAAAGUGGUUCUAAUCACUGUGGCUAAGUCAAACCCAAGGCACAUGAACUGUUUGCACCGACUGGGAUUAGUCAUGGGCAUCACUGAGUGGGUGAAGGACUACCAAAAAAAGUUUACAGUGUCACAAUUCCAAAAUGGUGCUUCACACUCAGGAUCUGUUGUGGAGCCCAAAGUCCAAACACAGUCUAAUGUGGUGGAUUCUGAGAGCAGUAGUCUGUCGGGUCAGAACAUGAAUGAACUUGAGAGUCUUAAUGAUGACGAGACAGAACUUCAAACCUCUUCUAAUCUCAAUCAGAGCCCUCAACAAGGUAAUACAGCCCUAGAAAGAGAAGAGCCCGUGGAGGAACAAUCAGAUAAAGAGGAGUCUGUUGCCUCACUGACAAACAACCACAGUGAGAUCCAAAGUGGGUGCGGCAAUCAGACAGAACUUCCAGAUUUAAAUGAAGGCGAGACGGCUACAUGUCAACCAGAGCAUACUUUUGAUUCCCACAGAACCAUAAUUGAAAAAAUAAGGAAAAAUGAGUUUGGCAUUGGUGUGGAACUGACAGCUGAAUGUCAGAACCUGAUGAAAACCAACCAGGACCGACUUGGCAGGAGCUUGGACCGCCUGUCGACUGAGCUCUACAGCAAAGACACACAUUUUGUUUUGGAACUCAUUCAGAAUGCAGAUGACAACAGUUACCCAUCGGAUCCUGACUUUGUUCCAUCACUGGCAUUUGUGGUUGAGAGGGAUUGCGUCACCAUUCUCAACAACGAGACUGGCUUCGAAGAGGCAAACAUCAAGGCUGUAUGUGAUGUGGGUCGAAGCACCAAGGGCAAACACAAAUAUGGAUACAUAGGACAAAAAGGAAUUGGCUUCAAGUCAGUGUUCAAGGUCACAGACCGCCCAGAGAUUCACUCCAAUGGCUUCCACUUGUUUUUUGACAAGAACUGUGGCCCUAUGGGAUACAUCCUACCCCACUGGAUGGAUGAUGACACGCCCAUGAAGCCGCUGUUAAAAGACCCAUUUCUUAACAGCGACUGGACAACUAGGAUCUGCCUUCCUCUCCGCUCUGAAAGCCAUCAGACCCAAAACCUGUUCCAUGACGUGCACCCUUCCCUUCUGCUCUUUCUACACCGGCUUCGUUCCAUCACUAUCAAAAAUCAGGCUGAGAACCGCCUUGUAACAAUGACACGUAAAGACCUGAACCAUAAUGUGAUUGAGGUCGAGCAUUCGGAUGGCACAGAGCGCUGGCUAGUGGUCAAAACGACAUUGCAGCCCAAGAGGCUGAAAGAAAAUGUUGAAUCGACCGAGCUUGCCCUGGCCUUCCAGCUUAACAUUGACAACUCCGAAAGUGACUUUAUAGGCCAACCACAGAAACAGCCUGUCUUCGCUUAUCUGCCUCUUCGAAGCUUUGGCUUCCGCUUCAUCGUCCAAGGUGACUUUGACAUCCCUUCUUCUCGAGAGGAUGUUGACCGAGACAGCUCAUGGAACCAGUGGCUCCGAGCUGAGAUACCCCAACUCUUUCUCCAGGCCAUGAAAGUCUUCAUUGAUCAUCCGGAGUUCACUGGUUUGAGUGGUCUCUGUCAGUUCUUGCAGUUCAUUCCACUGCCUGACGAGGUGUUGGACUUCUUUAAACCUGUUGCCGGUCAGGUUAUCCAGUUGCUCAAGGGCAAGGCCUUCCUGCCUACACUCAGCUCAGAUGGUCAGAUUGUGUACAAACUACCAUCCCAAGUGGCGGUCUGUAAGGACGCUGUGAUUCGCAAGGUGAUCAACCAAGAUGAGCUGGAGAAGCACCUGUUGCUAUCAUACCUGCACCCGAGUCUAAGCCCCGCCCCGUCUGCCUCUCUUCUCUCCCACCUGGGAGUUCGGAACUUGAGGGGCGCUGAUGUUACCAUGGUAACCACAGCCAUGGCUAAGGAGCUGAUGAAAGAAAAGACAAUACACACAGAUGAUGGCCUGCGCCAAUUGGCCAGACUUCUUGUGUGCAACUUCAGGGCUGUGGAACACGGUUACGGGGACGAGGACUCUGUUUUGCAUACUCUUAGAAGUCUUCCAAUAUUUCCUCUGGCUAACGGGCGUGUGGUGGCACUCGAUGGAGACAGUGUUUUCUUCCCUAUGGAAAAUAGCAAGAUGAAGAAAACGAAAGAUCAAGUCCAAAACGGAAAUUUGCUGGCAUUGUACGAGGAUGUCAACGUAGUUCACCCGUCUUUGCUCAGCUGUGUGGAACCACUAGAAAGCCAGCAGGUGUUGGAGCUGCUGAGAAGACUGGGAGUUCAUCAGCUUGAGCCGCAAGAGCUGCUGGAGCAGCACAUCUACCCGGUGUUACGAAAUGAAAAAUGGAAGUCAAAACCAGAGGCAGUGGUUGUGAGUUACCUGGUUUUCAUCAAGCAGAACUGCACCUCAAACCAGGAUUAUGCAGAUAUUGAAGUGCCCGUCCUCACCAACAGGGGUCUACUAUGUCCAAAGCAGGACAGGGUGCACUUCUCCAAAGAAUAUGACAACAUGGACCUGCCAAAGAUGCUGCCGGGCUACGACUGGGUUCUGCUGAGUCCCAAAUAUUUGCAAGCAGACAAUGACGUGGCAGGUUGGCGGCAACUGUUCAGCAGACUGGGUGUAUGUGAUGGUCUCAUCAUCCGAAAAGAAAGACAAACUCUCACACGGACAGAACUGAACUCCAGUCCCUGGUCCGCGGAAAGUGCAAUGUGGCACCAAAUUCCAGGGGAGGACUGUGUCCUUGACGACUAUCCAUGCGAGGAGUUUCAUGCCCUGGCUACAGCCCAGCUGGACGCGCCGUGCCUUCUGGCACAGAGAACGGCUUUGCUAAAUCUGUUGGCAAGCAACUGGAACACAGGACACCGCUACUCACAGUACCUCAACGCCCAGGUGAUGGACAGAGAUGCACAGCCAAUCAGAACCACCAAGUCUUCCUUCUACCACUUUCUUUGCUCUCUCAAAUGGAUGCCAGCUUUUCGCCCACAAGAAAGUGGAAAGGAAGAGAUUCGGUACCUCUGUCCAAACACGGUCUACCUGAACGAACCUGAGAUCGCCAACUUGCUCGGGACACAUGUCUAUUAUGUCAACAUGAAUCCGAGCGAGUUCAGCCAAGCUCUAGGAAUAAGACAAAAUGUGUCCGUGGAUACUUUGAUUACCUAUUUGAAGCAGUGGUGUGUCAAACCAGCGGCAGAUCAAAAAGAGCUCCAUGAUAAUCUAUCAGAUGGAGCGAAUUUCACAUCCACAAUUCAGCAUAUUCACAACAUCUACAACUAUCUGCACAAAAGCUGUGCCCAGAGCAGUCUAAAGGAGCUCUUCCAGCAUCAUCCGGUUGUAUUCAUACAGCUGGAAAACCGCAAUAAUAACUGGUGCUCAGGACGCUUCUACCACUUGAGGGACGUGUGCUGGAGUGACCCCACUCACAUGUUUUUGCGCUACAAACUGCUGCUACAUGGCCCGGAAAGCUCUGUUCAGGAGCCUAAAGUCCUGGCUCCUUUUUAUAGCAAACUGGAUGGCAUGAGAGACUUCUUUAUCAGGCUGCUGAAUGUGGAUACCAGCCCCAACAUGAACCAAUAUGUAUCUCUAUUGGAAAUGAUCGCUUCAUCAUCUUCCAUUCCAACUGCUGAAGUUCUCCAGGAUGUGUCUGUGCUCUACGCCACGCUUGCUGACAAGUGUAAAAUUCAAGUGUCUGCCGAGCAUGAGGAAAUGCCCCAGUCCAUACUCGAUCGAAAUUACUGUUCCACUUUGAAAGGUAUGGUAUUAGACAAGAAGGUCUUCCCCACGAAGGAGAACAGCUGGGUGAGCCUGGCACGUAAACCCAUGAUAGCUGACAAUAAAGAGCUGGAGAAGAUCUUUAAAACUCACAAAGAAGUCUGCCUGCUGAACUUGCCACCAGCAGAAAAGAAGAGCACACCACGGAAAAGUACUGGCUUGUAUGGGAGGAAAGCGCCAGGAGAUGCGUCCAUUCCUGCCUUCAAUGAGACUGACAGAUUGGAAUUCAUGAACAUCUGCGGUAUCCGUCUGCUAUCUCAGUGUGUCAAGACGGAAUCCCUCACUGAGAACUGGAGACCUUGCGCACCCAUGCAGGCCAUGGUGCGAUCGCUAAUCCCCCACGUCCAGAAGUUCCUGUACCACCAUGAGGAGCUAGUUAAUAUUUAUGCAGAACUGAUUGAGGACGACAUCGCAGGAAAGAUCAAGCGACUUAAAUUUGCACAGGUGGGUAAACUGUAUAUCCGCUACCAGCUGGACGUGGAUGACUCUGAUCCCGUGGUGGAGACGAGAGAUGUCAUCUGUCUCCUGACAGAUAAGAAGGAGUUAUGCAUCCAAAAAGAUCACCUCACAGCCAAGCUAGAUAUUUGCAGGGAGCUGGUGAAACUCUUCUGCACUGAUAGCGGCCACAAGAAAGAGCUGAUGAAUUUCCUGAGUGGCUUGAUCGCUUCCCUUGGUGACCAAGCAGCCCUGAUGAGGUUCUUAAUUAAGGAGGACAUCAGAGAGCUGCCCAGUGGUGAGGAGCAGUGGGAAGUCCCAGAGCCUCCCUGUCCAGAGGUGACUCUGGAAAGAACGCCAUCAAGAUAUCCCACUUCCACGAGUUCCCCGGGAGUGCCUUCUCGUCCUGAACAAGACGGCGAGACGACGUUAAUUUCCUGGCCUCCGAGAGCAUCUGUUGUCAAUACAGGAAGCCAUCACUCAGCAAAAAAACAUGCCGACGAAGCUGCCGUAGAAGCCACCUUGAAGAUGUGGCCACCUCCUGCUCCACCCAAGGAUAGAGACCCGGAGCAAGACGUCGUCACCAAAGGGAGAGGCCACGGUGUUCCGCAGAGUCUUAACGCCAGCAAGAUGGAGGGGGAUGAACUAUUAAAGAAUACCGAAAGCAGACCGGCAGCCCAAUUUGGACCAUCAAGAGCUGCUAGCCAGUCUAAAGCUGAAUUAGCGACCAGCACAACAAUACCUCCAGAGCGCUGUCAACCAAGCGAAAUAUCGACAUCUGGCCAAAGGGUGAGUGGAGAGGAGAGGACAGAGGAGAGCCUCACUGAUCCCCAACCAGCUGCAAGCGCUCCAUCCGUGCAGUCGAUUGAGCCAGCCAACCAGCAGCCCACUCCCGACAGCCUUGCCGUGCCAGAGGUGGUGGUGCGGCCUAGCAUGUUCAAAGGCUCACAAACAGCCGCAGAGACCCAGAGACCACAUUUGAACCUGGAAUUUCCAAGCUGGAACGAAACCCGUCCCGCACAGGCCACACUUGAAGACUUGGACGUCACCUGCCAGAGACCUUCCACUGUGGUGAUAACCGAGGACCACAUUGACAAUACCGCAAUUGGCGAAUGGGGGGAGCAACUGGUCAACUCCUUCCUCUGCAACUGGAGAGACGGCGGCGACCCGGGCCGACCCACGCGAGUCGUCUGGUGCAAUCAAAGCGGCGAGAGCGGGCAGCCGUACGACUUCGAGCUGACCUUCGGCCCGGCGGGUGACGAGACAUCCCGGGCGAUGCCUGAGGUGGUGUACGUGGAGGUGAAGUCCACCAAGAAGAAAGACCGGUCGUUCAUCGUCCUCUCGGCCAACGAACUGCACUUUGCGCUGGCUAGGAAAGAAUGCUACCACAUCUUCCGCGUGUACAACGCGGGAGAUGCGGAGAACGUGCGUCUGUGUCGCAUUCAGAAUCUAGCGCAGCAUCUUCACAGCAAAAAGCUGGAAAUCUUUCUUUUUGUGUGAGGAAAAUAGUGGCGUUUGCCUUUUAGAUUUUCUUUUACUGCACUGAUUUUAACUUCAAAAUGCACUUUUAUCCGAUCAAAUUAUCCUUUCUCGGUCUCGGGAAAGCUUUUUUCAUGAUGUUGCAGGGUUUCAAUAUAAUUUUAACAAGAUUUUAGUUGUAAUCCAUUUAUAAUUCCAUUUUUUUAAAUCUGUACACCUUUUAAGAUUAAACUAUUUCCAUGUUACUACGUUGAUCUUUCAUUUUUAAAAGCCUGCACUGUGAAUAUCAAGUGUGACGAGAGUCCAACUGACAGAUUAAGUGAUUUUUGCAGAGUCGAGUUAAGCGGAAGCAGUGCCGACUUGGUCCUCAUUUUCUGCAGUAAUUACACUGUCACGGCGAACAGCGUGGACUCGGAUGAAGCGACCGCACACCGGACAUGUCAGUCAUGCUCUUAAGGUGGUCUUCCACUUGUUAUCUCCCUCUGUUCACCUCAUUGAGUUUUCAAAGCACAAGCAAGGAGCUGCGGUGGUGACGCACAGAUAAAAAAAGGCCGAGUUCUGAUGCAAUAUCAUGGCAACACUAGUUUUCGUGUUGAAACCAAACUGCAGUCUAACAUUGAUUUACCUGAUUUAUAACCCACCUCUAAAAAGCUCUUUUUAAAAAUAUACUGAAUUGAAUUUUCCCCUACAUACAGUCCCUGACAAAAGUCUUGUCGCUUAUCCAUUUUGUAGAAAACAAUUGCUAAUAACCUUUUUAAUGAUUCAAUUGGUUUCAGAAAUGGCUCAUACGCAAGCUAAGACCUUCCCAAAUGUCAAGUUCAAAAAUAUCAAAAAUAGACCCUUAGGUAGACAUUUGUAAAAUUACCCAGAAAUAAGGAGAGAAGACACUCAGUUUUCUUGGCCAAGGAGAGCAAAAGAGUGACUAGUGACAGUCACCAAAAUUGAUCUAAAGAAAAAAAUCCUCCUUGGUAUUUUUUAUUUAGGGGUUUGUCCUAAUACAAAAUGGGUGCCACCCUGAGGGAGGGGGGAAGCAAGCUGGAGACACCCAUGUGAUUUUGAUUGGAUAUGUGUGUGCAUGUAGGUGGAACUAAGUGAGUACACGUGUGUAAGCAAAGGCUCAUGUAAACAAUCAUGUAAACAGUCAAAAUGACCCAUGUUGAAUGUACAAAAAUAUAUUUGUUUCACUGAAAAAAGAUUGAUCAUUUAAUGAAGACAUAAAGGUCCAUUUUUGGCAAAACAAAAGUUUUGUCGCCUCCAGAAAGUAGUGUGAAAAUUGAACAAAAAAUGUACUUCAAAUACAAAAAAAUAUGUUACAUAAGCGAAUGAAGUAGUGGUG